CUUUUCUAGCUUGGAGUGGCGCGCUUUGCGAGGCGGAGUGGACGUACGGGCUGAAUAGGCCGGAUCAUUUACUUUGGGCGGGUGUAGCCGGGGGGUUAUUGUGAUGACUCCGCCUGGUACCUCCGCAGUGCAUACAGUGGUCGGCUUGGUACGGUGUGUGUCGUACGCGUAUAAGCUGCCUAGUGUUAUGACAUUGUUUUGGGGAAUUGGUAGCUUGGGGGGAUUGCUCGUUAUGGGUAGCUUGGGAUGGACGCAUGUAUUGGUCUUGUGAAGUAUAAAAGGCGGCAUUCUGCACACGGGAUGCCAGUGCCAUCUUACACCCAGAACGCUAUUCCAAUACGUUACACAGUUCCAGUCUCUAAUACGGGAUGCUUCUUCAAACUCUCCUCCCCCUCGCUCCCCUAGGCGCACUCGCAUACUCCUCUCUCCAAACACAAACCAACCCCCUAUCCAAGCGCGACGACGAGUUUAACUGGACCUCAAUCCACCCAACUCCCGACCUCCAAUACCACGAUUGCUACACCACAUUCAAGUGCGCACGUCUACAAGUACCCCUCGACUGGUCCCUCGAUGCGCCCACAAACCUAACGACCAACACCUCCUUCGCCAUCGCAAUCGUAACCCUCCCCGCAACCGUUCCAGCCACAGAUCCAAGCUUCGGCGGCACCAUCGUCACGAACCCAGGCGGGCCAGGAGGUUCAGGUACCGAUUUUGGGCUGUCGUCGAGCACUCGCUUGCAGCAGAUACUCGAGGGCGAGAAGCACUACGAGAUCCUAUCCUUUGACCCGCGUGGUGUGUAUCGGACUACGCCGACACUCGAUUGCUACGAGGGUGAUGUUGCUACUCGGCUCGUCGAGAUAUUGCAGACGCGUGGGGUUGGGCGGAUCGGGGAGGAGCCAGAUGGUGUGCGCGAUCGGUAUUUGAUGGCUCAGGCGGCGAGCAGGUUGUGUGAGGAGGUGACAGCGAAUGUGCUACCGCAUAUUUCGACGGCGAGUGUGGCGCGCGAUAUGGUUGAGAUUGUUGAUCGUGUGGAGGAGUUGCGGCGGACGGAGACUAAUAGGACGGCGACGGAGGUGCCGAGGUUGAAUUUGCUGGGGAUCAGUUAUGGGUCGGCGCUGGGCAUGACGUUCAGUGCCAUGUUCCCGGAGCGCGUCGGGAAGGUGAUGAUUGAUGGGAUCCUGGAUAUUGAUGACUAUACUAGUGGUGAAUGGAGGAAGAACCUCGACGAUGCCGAAGCCGUCCUAGAUGACUUCUAUCAAAACUGUUUCGACGCAAAUUGCACCCUACGCAAUCCAUCUGACAGCAACUGGACCGCAAUCCGCGACCGUGUGUCGGCGUUCCUUACAGAAUUCGAGCGAAACCCGGUGCCUGCUUUCAGAAACAAACAACCCACAGUCCUCACCUCUGACGACAUGCGCGACCAGAUGCUCCUCGCAUUGUACGGACCAAACGUCACAUCCGAAGGCUUGGCGCAAACCCUCUCAGAUACCAUCGAGGGGAACUACACAACACUUGCCACGGCCGUGCUAAUCUCAGACGAUGAACUCUUAGCCUCGCCAUAUCUCUGGAGCCGAGACGUGCGUACGGCUGUAGGAUUUGCCGACGCAGUGCCUGAAGCCGGGAACAAGACUCUCGAGCAACGACAAGCGGACGUCCAAUUCCUCACCGAGCAAGCCCCCACGUUGGCAGGCACCUUAUGGCCGGAUAUCACGAUCGCCAUGAGCGGACGUACAGUCCGUCCGCGAUACUCCUUCACUGGGCCAUACACAGUUCCUGUCGCGGAUCCUCACAAUGCUUCAACUCCGGCAGCGCCCCUAUUAUUCCUGUCGGCUCGUCUCGACCCCGUCACACCGUUGCGAAAUGCGCAGGCCAUGGCAGAGAGAUUUCCCGGAUCGAGCGUGAUGAUUCAGGAGUCGGCGGGACAUAGUGCUUUGUUCUCAUCGGAUAGUGAGUGCACGAAUGCCGUACUGCGAGAGUUCUUCGGGACGGGGAAAGUACCGGAGAUGAACUUUAGCUGUGAGGCUGAUUGUAAGCCAUUUGUGGGUUGUAAGACUGCAAAUGGGACUUUUGUCGGUGAAGACCUGCAAGUGCGCAGAGAACCAUUUCUACCGCGGAUGAUUUAGUCUUUCUCGGAGUUUGAGAUGUGUCUAACGGUGUUGAAAGAAGUUAUAUUGUAAGAUAGAAUCUCAUCUCAGGUCCCUGAAUAUAUUAUACUUAGACUCAAGCGAAGCACUGCAGUCGACAGCCGACAUAAGUGUUGUCGAGUUCUAAAAGUUUCUCGUAGUUAGAAAU